AGCAAUGGCUGCUUUUAUUUCUGCUUCUUCUUCCCAAGUUCCCUCUAGAAAAGAGUAUGAAGUCUUCAUCAGCUUUAGAGGAUCAGACGUCAGAUUUGGUUUCCUCAACCAUUUGAAAAACGAGUUGUGUCGGAAGAUCAUAAAUGUCUAUGUGGACGAGAGGCUUCAAAGAGGAGAAGAGAUAUCAUCAGCACUUGUAGAAGCAAUAGAAGGAUCUAUGAUUGCAUUGGUGAUAUUCUCAAAAGAUUAUGCUUCUUCAAAAUGGUGCUUAGAAGAGCUUGUCAAAAUCAUGGAAUGUAAGGAAACCAAGCAACAGAUUGUGAUACCAGUUUUUUACGAUAUAGAUCCAUCAGAUGUCAGGCACCAGAAAGGCAGAUAUGAGGAGGCAUUCACUCAUCAUGAACACAAGUUCAAUGAUAACAUGGAAAAGUUGCCAAUUUGGAGAUCAGUCUUGAAAAAAGCUGCAGACUUAUGUGGUUUCCAGGCAUUCACUCAUCAUGAACAGAAGUUCAAUGAUAACAUGGAAAAGUUGCAAAUUUGGAGAUCAGUCUUAGAAAAAACUGCGAACUUAGCAGGUUACCAUUCAUUAAAUUUUCGAAAUGAACCUGAACUCAUCGAUGCGAUAGUUGGACGUGUCUUAAAAAUAUUGGAAGAAAACAGUCCUCCAAGAUCUCAGCCUAUUGAAUUUCAUCAAAAUUUCAUUAGGGUUGAAUCAUUAAUGGAAGUUGAGUCACAAGAAGAAGUUCGAGUCCUUGGAAUUUGGGGUCCAGGAGGGAUAGGCAAAACAACCCUUGCUUCUGCUAUAUUUGACAAGUUCUCGUCUAAAUUUGAAAGUUACUGUUUCUUAAAUAUUGCAAAAAUAUAA